AAGGUGGGUCCAUCUUUGGGUUUUGGUUAGUCUCCUCACGCGUCAGCCUAACACCCAAUAAGAAGCCUUAAUUGUAAUACGCCGUGGGGAACUUUUUUUAUAUAGCAUCUCUAUGCAUUAAUACUUACUGGGACGUUUGGUGGGCUCCACGUCUCCAGAAGUAGAAAAUGAACUCAAGCCCAUCGGAGGACUCAAGCCCCGUAUGGUCUACGAAGGAGACCACAUCUGUUGCCGACGCCAGCACGUCAGGUCGCGGAGAUGCGGGCCCUCUUAUGCCGUCAGCAAACGGCCGCCCCAGCGCCUGCAGUAUGGAUGUAGCUCUAUCUAGGUUCAGGUCUGGGGCAUCCACGUUUCACACCUUGAUCAGCGAACUAGUCGCAGCAACGGAGGCAGAACGCAAGGCGCUGGAGGAGGAGCGCAAAGCGUUGGAAGCAGAACGCCACGCGAUGGAGCUCGAGCGCCAGCGGGUCCACACGAUACUAAACGACGUGGAGCAGGUGACUCUCAACGUGGGAGGUCGCAAGUUCACCACCUCGGUCAACACGCUGCGCAAUGCACCCAACCCGUCCCUCUUCAACGCCAUGUUUAGUGGGCGUCACAAGCUUACCAAGGACGAGGAGGGCUGCUACUUCAUCGACCGGGAUGGCCGCCACUUCCACGACAUCCUGAACUACCUCCGCGACGGCCACUUCAAUUACCCGGGACCAGUACUGCCGCUCGCCGAUGCGUCGGGGACGGCCGGCGGCAGCUCCUUCUCCACGCCAAGCCCCACCGCCGCCGACAUCAAGUACCUUCUGGAGUUGCGCGCGGAGGCGAACUACUACGGCCUGACGGGCCUUAUGGCGGCCAUUGACCGCUUCCCACACGGCCUUACCCGGGUGGCGCGUGCAGCAGCGUUGAACAUGGAGGACUCGUGGAUGUGGGUCGGGGCCGGGUACGAGGACGGGCAGGACGAGCUUGUAUUUACGGUGGACAAGCCGGUACAGCUGCUUGGCGUUGGGUUGUGCGGCACGGAGGGCGGCCUGACAGUGGAAAUGGAACUUUACGAGGUUGAUCCCGAGGAUUACAACCGCGAGCUCGCCACCUGCUGCUCUGUCGCCCAGUCGUUCACCAAGGCUGAUGGUAGCGUGCUGCGGCUGAUGUUUCCUGACCCUGCACCGCUGCAGCCAGGAAAGUACUACAUGCUGUCGGCGCUGAUUAAGGGCUCUGAAUCAUAUUGCUGUGAGGAGUGCCUGGAGACGGUGAUUGCGGGUGGCGUGACGGUGGCGUUUCAGCAGUGGGAGUCACCCAACGGGACUUCGGAGCAGCGAGGACAGUUUCCCGAGCUCUACAUUCGAGUCCUAUAUUACCACCUUCAGACCAAGAGUGCCCUGUACCGGUUGCAACAUAUCACCCCGCGCCCCUACGUACCAACACCGAUAAACCAAAGCUGCUACCAUCAGCAAGUCCCAUGGCCAAAAGGGCGCAGCCACACACCCCGCUCCUAGCUCAUGCCAAAUGUUCACUUCCGGCCUGAUGAGCCGACGAACAGCUCCCAGC